AUGGCGGCGACUGGAGGACCUAGGGACAAAAUAGUUUCACUAGAUAGAAUUGAAUCUAGCAUUUUUGCUGCCAUUAAUAGUGCAGGUCAUGCUAUUCAAGAAUUAUCUAAAGACAAACCAGUGUCAAAACAAACAGAACAGCACACCACAGCCUUCUUAAAAACAUUACAAGACAUAGAAACUGGUCUUUCUCAACAAAUAAAUUAUUUAACACAAGUCUCUACUGGUCAGCCUCAUGAAGGUUCGUGUUAUGCUGCACAAAAAGAUCUCCAAAUGGCCUUUCAUAGAAUAGAACAUGUGAAAAGUCGAUUAACAGAAUUAGAUAAAUUGAAAAAUGAACAUUUACAUUUAAGACAAGCUCAGGCUCAGGGUAUGAUAAGAAGUUAUUCAUUGCCAGAACAACCUCAUUGA